CUUCAAAUAUAAUCAUAAUUUUAUUGCUAAGUUAACAGCGGCAUUCGCCAAUACAUCCAUGCUUUGCACAAAACAUGUUAUGCCCCGGAUCGUAAUGAUAACAAGCAAAGUUCUGGUUUGUUUGUUGGUGUUCGUCGCUGCGGAUGAAGUUGUGCCUCAGCACACCGAAAACAACGUCCAUUUUGUAGAAACUCAAACCACCAACUCAAUUUCAAACGAUAGUCUUCAAAAUGCCACUACCAUACAACCAAUCACAAUAAAUUCAACCGAUUCAAAAACAGAAGUUGUACAAAAUGAGCCAAACUUUUUCAUAAGACUUUACAAUACCAUAGUAAAAGCUAUUCAAGAGUUCCUCGAUAGUCCAAGAGUUAAAAUUGUCUUUAAAAAUGUUGGGACAUGUAUGGUAAACGGUGCAAUGGAGAUUAUGACCUAUUAUGUACCGGCGCCUAUGAUUCCUCUGAUAGCGUCUGCAGCAGGUAUGAUCAUACCGUUUGAACCAGUGGUCACUUUAAGAGAGAAAAUGCCCGUUACCAGUUACAGAAGAGCAUUCAAUAAAGCUGUUAAUAGUUUUAUGGGUACGUUUGAUAAAUAUAAAACCAUGGGCGUCGAGGACCCUUAUAUGACUAAUAGGUUCAAUAGGAGAUUUAUGAACGAGAGUCCCGAAAAGAAAAAUAAGCGUCUCAAGGAAAGUCAAAGCGAAGAAAAGAAGUAUAUAUGAAAAAUAAAUGUUUAUUAAUAAAACCUUUUUA